AUGAGGACUUCGUUCCUACUCUCCCUUUCGGGAUGGGCUGUUGUGUCAUCAGCGGCUCUUCAUGUUGCGCAGAAUGAGACCUAUAUCACACUCGCCAACGACCGCCUUACUGCCGUACUGCAGAAGAGUGUUGGCCAGAUCGUUGAUCUCUCUUUGGAUGGCCAAGAUCUAUUGGGCCCCCAGUCCGGGUCGACAGGUAUAGGUCCAUAUCUUGAUUGCUAUUGCAUCCCCUCUGGAUUCUACACUGCUGGGGCCACAACCCCAAGCAUGGAAGUAGUCCAGGGCACAGAUUCCACAGGGACAAAUUAUGGAGGCAUGAUUCUGACUGAUACCUAUACACCAACGGGUCAACAAUUCCAGCAGUACUGGUUCUUGCGGGAUGGCGAGACUGGCCUGCACAUGUUCAGUCGAUUGACAUACUACAACGAGACCACCCCUUACCUGCGCAAUCUUCAAGAAUUCCGAACAUUGUUUCGCCCAAACAGUGAUCUGUGGACACAUCUGACGUCUAGCGAGGUUCAGACUGCACCUUUGCCGAGCAAGGAUGCGAUUUCAAAUGAGAUUGUGGUCCAAGAUGCGACAUGGACAUUUAAUAAUACGCCGACUGAUGCGUACUACACCCAAUUCUCGGACUACUUUACCAAGUACACUUUCUCAAACCAAUGGAGAAACAACAGUGUUCACGGUAUGUAUGCCGAUGGAAGCACGUCCACCGGGGCGACCUAUGGUGCGUGGCUGGUGAUGAAUACCAAGGUCAGUCCAAUCGCUAGAAUACUCAAGCUUCAAUGGUUCCUGACAAGAUAUCAUAGGAUACCUACUACGGGGCCACUUCAUUCCGACUUGACAGUUGAUGGUAUUGUCUACAACUACAUCGUCUCCAAUCACCAUGGAGAGGGCACGCCAAACAUCACAAACGGAUUUGAUAGAACAUUCGGUCCUCAGUACUAUCUGUUCAAUGGCGGCAAAGAUUCAUCGGCAUCUCUUGAAGAUCUGCGAUCCGAGGCAGAAGAGUUGGCAAAUCCUCAUUGGAACGCUGCAUUCUACGACUCAAUUGCCAAGCAUGUUGUCGGAUAUGCCCCUUCCAGCCAGCGAGGUAGUGUCAAAGGAACAGUGAAGCUCCCUAAGGGCGCCACUCGCCCAAUUGCCAUCCUCACGGUUGACGGCCAAUACUUCCAAGAUAAUAGCGUGGUGCCAAGUUCCUAUCAAUACUGGACCGACAUCAACAAAGAUGGAAGCUUCAGCAUUGACCGAGUCAAAGAAGGAAAAUACCGCCUGACAGUAUACGCCGAAGGUAUCUUUGGAGACCUCGUCCGAGAUGGAAUCGUCAUUCGCGCCGGAAAGCAGACAUCAGUCCGCGAUACAUGGGAGCAAGAGUCGGCAGGAACCGAGAUCUGGAGAAUCGGAGUUCCAGACAAAUCAUCAGGAGAGUUCCGACGAGGCAGCGCAAGAGAUCCCACCCACCCACUACAUCCACCCGAGUAUCUGAUCUACUGGGGUGCAUAUGACUGGCGUGCCGACUUCCCAAAUGGCAUCAACUACACCAUCGGAACCAGUGACCCGGCCACCGAUCUUAGUACUGUUCACUGGUCAGUCUUUGGUCCGACGGCUGGAGAUUCCUACGUCGAGUAUGACACAACCUACGACUGGGACAUCCACUUCACGCUCACUUCGAAGCAGCUGAAGAAGCGGAAGACGGGUACCUUGACACUACAGCUGGCAGCCGCGAAGACAGCGUCGGGUAAUACUGACGUGUACAGCCCGACUGAGCUGUAUACCAACUUAUCCUUAGAAAGUUAUAUCAACGACCAGUCGGACCCCCUUACCAUGAUCAUCGGGUUCAAUCAGUCGAGCAGUUGUAUUGUUCGCUCCGCCGUGAGCUGUUAUCAAGUUGGGUCGAGGAUGGAGUUCCCUGCGGAUUGGCUGCGUGUAGGAGAUAAUGUUCUCCGGCUGCAUCUGCCGUAUAAUGCGACAGAUACGGAGACCGCCAUUCUCCCAGCAAGUGUCUAUGUUCAGUAUGAUGCAAUUCGGUUGGAGCUACAAUAA